UCAUAGUGUCUUUGUGAGCUCAAUCAGCUGGUCAUUUACUGCCUGGAAUUACAGGAGGCAUUUAAAUCUGUAUUUCUUCUUUUUUUUGGGAACAUGACUAUUGUGAAUUUCUCCAUCAAAUAUGAUUCCAUCAAUAGCCGGAACAUCUUCACAAAUGGAGAUACAAUUAACGGACACAUUAUUGUGGAGCUCUCUAAAGAUACUAUAAUCCAGUCACUCAUUUUUGUUGGAAAAGGAAGUGCAAAGGUUCGCUGGACUGAACAUCACGGACAAAAUCGUAACCGCUACUACUGGUCCGAUGAAAAAUAUUAUGAUAUCAAACAGCAUAUCCUGAGAGAUGGUAGUAAAACAAUUACCAAAGGAAGACAUGUCUUCCCUUUUACCUUCAAGAUCCCUGACAGAAAUAUGCCGUCUUCCUUCAAGUCAAGCACCGGUAGAAUUGUUCAUAAGGUUAAGGCAGAGCUCAAACGGUCAAUGAAACUGAAAAAGGAAGCUAAAGCCCACUUUACAUUUGUCUCCAAAGCCGACAUGGAUAUACACGGACUCAUGGAACCUCAACAUGAUUGCACUGAUAAAAGUCUCAGCACUUUUGGCUCUGGUAGCAUUUCAAUGGAUGUUCACACGAGCCGAAUGGGAUACCAGCAAGGUGAAGAUCUCCAAGUCCAAGUCGAAAUUCACAACCAAUCAUCUCGUGACUUGAAGCCUAAAUUCGUAUUGUACGAAAAGCAGAGUUUCUUUGCUCAGGGUCACAGGAGACUUUACACAAAGGAUAUUCUUAAAGAGAAAGGGGACCCCAUUGAGGCGCAUAGCAACAAGACUGUGAAGAAGAUAAUCACCAUCCCCAGAGAGCUGCCGACGUCCAUUUUGAAUAGCGCCAUCAUCAAGCUAGAAUACAGGCUGAAGAUUUUCCUGGAUGUCAAAUUUGCAACUGACCCAAAGAUCAAACUUCCAAUCGUUGUCUUAUCUGCCCUUGAGGUUUCUGACAGAAAACAACGACCUGCACCUUCAGCUGUCAUUGGAUUUGAUGCAUUUGGGAACUCAAACCAACCACCCUGGAGCCAAACACCGCAGUACGGCGCAGCAGCCCAACCACUAGACUUCCCUCCACCAUAUGAAUCCUUAAAUAAUGCUGACAAAUAUGGAAAUGUUCUAUAAAUCUCCUUGCACCAGUAAUGUGCGAUGAGGUUCAAGGCGGGAGUUAUUUUUUUACAUUUAAUUUCAUAUGCUGCCAAAGCUCAUUAAGAGGAUAACAAGAGAAUCAUUCACUUUCAUAAAAUUUUUAUCAAAUACUUCUUAAUCACAUUAAAUUACUUUAUAACAUAAAAAAAACUGUGUUGCGAUCCGCUGCUCGGAUCUCUACAUAUUAUUGUUUACUGUUCCAUUUUUAUAUCACUCCCCGUCGUUCCACCUGCUUAGUUCCUGUUUAGUCUGUUUCCAUGGUUUCUUAUUAAUUUCAGCUGCUACUCUCGGUUCCUGCACACCUGUCUUUACUAAUCACCUUCCUUAUUUAAGCCCGCCCCUUUUGUUAGUUCAUUGUCGGAUCUUAGUUUGCUUUCACGCAACUGCUGAUGACUUGUCUUUCAUGCUCUAUCUCGCUAGCUUUCACGCUGAGCUUUAUUUUUUCCUAGCUUUCAUGCUAGUUGUUUUGUUUUUCCCUUUUUGUGCCUUCGUGCCAAGUAUCGUGUUUCUGUUCUUAUUCCUAGCCUCCAUGCUAGCGCCAUUUGUUUACCUGUUUCUGUUAGCACCAGUGUUUUUCUUCUAGCCCUUGGUGAGUCUAAUAAAUCUCUUGGUUCCUACCUUUUGCUGUGUUCUUGCUGACGCAUCCACGGAGGACCGAAUCCGGCAACAAUAUGCCACACAAGCCUCACAAAUUGUGGUCUUACCUUUUAUUUGUAUAUGAAGUACAUUCAAGGGAAAGCUUAUUAAAAAGCCGAUUAUAAAAGUGUGAUAACAGCAGAACAUUAUUAAAUGUUUCUUGUGUUUUGUUUGUGUUAAUGAUGUUGUUUUUUUCAUUUUAAAUCUGCCGACUUCAGUGGAAAAAAGAUGGAAUAAAGCGCCUGCUCGCUUAUUGAAGCCACCACAAUUCAUUUUGACUCAAUGUGGUGACUAAGAAUACUACUGUGUAGUAAUACAGUUUAAUAAAUAAAUAUUAAUGCAGAUUA